AAAAAUGAAGCACAAAAAUAUUGUGAAAAUUUUCAAAAUAAUGUAGAUUGCUGGAAAUAUUGUAUUAGUAAAUUUUUGACAACGGAUAAAUUAGAAGUAAAAUUUUUUUGUAUUCAUGUAAUUAAUGAAAAAUUGCAAAAUGUAAAAUUAGACGACUUGCUAUUAAUAAAAAACUCUUUGUUUACUUAUUUAGAAAAAAAGUACAUAACUGCAAAUGAAGAUUCUUGUGUAGUUAAUAAAAUUCUUCAAUUAUAUCUAUCAUUAAUAGAGCUAUUAUAUCCAAAUAAUAUGAAUGAUGCUUUUAAGUUUUUGAUUAACUUAAUUAUGGUAAGUAGUGAUAUAAGUAUAAAAACUGUUUAUAUAAAUUUUUUCAUGAAAUUAUUGAACAUGUUAGAUGUAGAAUAUAUAGAUAAUGUGUAUACUAAAAAAAGUAUACAAACAAUCACUAAUUUAAAAGAAGCAAUUAAAGAAAAUGAUUUGCCAUUAAUAAUUGAAUGUUUUUAUUUUAUUAUGAAUUUAAAUAUAGAAGAGCUCAGUGCCUUAAGUAUUUUUACAUUAUCCAAAUAUGUAUCUUGGAUAGAUAUAAAUUAUGUAGCUAAUGAUAAAAUAUUGACUUUUAUAUAUCAAUGUUUAAAUUCUUUAAAUUCCGCUAGUGAAGCUAGUUAUUGCUUUUUAACAGCUUUAAUACGUAAAGGAAUGAAUCCACUUAAUAAAAUUCAAUUUAUAGAGAAUAUAAAUAUUAUAUGUGUUAUUGAAAAUUCUCCAAAAAUUAUUGAUGUAUCGUUUGAAAUUAACAAAAACAUUAUGAUAAAAAAAGGAGAAUUGAUUAAUUAUAUAUGCUUAGAAUUAGUUGAAUCUGUUUAUGAAAUCAACAAAUUAAAAGAUUAUAAUUUAAACAUAUUAAAAUAUAAUGAAGCAUGCAAUAAAGCUACUAAUUUUUUAUUUUUAAUUUUGCCACACGCGUUAGAUAUAUUUGCCAUUGAUAAUUUUUAUGUUGCUAGUACAGUGGAAAAAUUUUUUAGUUUAUUCUUUACAAAGUUUAAGAGUAUUGUAGAUGUUACAUCUAUUAGUUCUAUUGAUUAUGAGAAAGGAAACAAUGAAAAUAUGAAAAUGAACACAUAUAAAAUACCUAUAAGUAAAUUAAAUGUUUUUAUUAACACAUUGGUUUGCACAACUGUUAAUAAAUUUGAAUAUCCAUCAUAUAUUCAGGAAGAUUAUGAUGAGGAAGAUGAAGGAUUUAUUGCUUUUUUUAAUUUUAGAGAAAAUAUUGAAAAAUUAUAUCAGCGUUUAAUAUUAUUUGAUAAAUUAAAAGCGAUUGAAAUUAUUAAAAAUGCUAUCAUCUAUUUAAAUGAAAAUUUUGAUAACUUAAAGUGGAAUAACAUUGAAUCAAAAUUAUAUGCUUUUUAUAUAACUACUUCUAUUUAUAGUGAGUACAAAGCAAGUAGUAAUAAUGCAAAUAAUAAUAAUAAUAAGGAUAACUUAGGAAAUUCUAUUGAAAAUUUAAAACUAAACAAAGAUGUUAAUGAAUCAAUUGAUUAUAAUAACUUACUUUUUGAUUGUUUAAUGGAAUUAUUAAAAAAUAGAAAAAUUUUAAAUUGUAACAAUAAUCUAAUUAAUAUAAAUUUAAUGGAAAUAUUUCAAAGGCUAAACUUGUUUUUUAUUAAAAAUCCAGAUUAUGUGGAAUAUUCUUUACAUGUAUUUAUUACUAAUGGUAUUAGAAGUAAUAAAAAUAAAAUAGUCAAAAAGUCAUUACAUAUUUUUAAAAAAUUUCUAAAGACAAAUUCAUCUGUUAUAUCUAACUAUAUCAAAGAUAUAUUACAUCUGUUAGAAUCGUAUCUAGAUAUUCCAUGCAUGUACCAAAAGUUUGAAAAAAAUAAUCUAUUAGAAAAUAUGUCCUUAGAUGAAAAUACAAUAAAAGAUAUUUACAGUUUCAUUUAUUAUGGAAAAAAUUAUACAUAUGAAGAUCAAAUAGAUAUUUAUGAAAUUGUUGGAUUACUUCUGUUACAUUAUGAUUUUACAAAAGUAAAAAGAAUGAUGAAAAGUGAUAUACCACAGCAGAAUAAUAAUUUCACUAAUAUUUUAAAUAACAACAAUAAUAAUAAUAUGAAUAACACCUAUAAUACAAGUAAUAACAUAAAUAAUGAAAAUGAAAAAAUAAGUGAAGAAUUAAUUUCUAAUUAUAAAGAUAGAAUUCUUUUUUUUAAAGGAAUAUUAAAUAAAUUAUUAGAAAAUUUGUCAUCCAUUAAAAAUUUAUAUUUAAGUUCACCAAAAACACAACAUUCUAAUAUAUGUUUAAGUUUUACUUGUAGUGUAAUUAUAAGAUGCAUUGGUGCAUUAUGUAAAAAUGUAAAUAUAAAUAUGACUGAUGUGUUAUUAAAUGAUUUAGAUAAUACAUUAGGUAUUAUAAUAAGUGAAUCAUUAGAACUGUUUUAUAAUAAUUAUAUUGUACGAGAUUCUGUUCUUUUUACAUAUAGAAUUCUUUCUAAUCUAUUUAAAGAUUUAUCACUUAAUUAUACUAUUAAAAUAUUGCCAUAUUUUUAUAACAUAUCUUAUAAUAUGAUAAUGAACAAAAUACAAAAAAAUUCAAAUACUCAAAAUAAUACUUCUGCUUCACUUAAUAUGAUUAUGAAUACUCCUACAUCUUAUCAAAUGGCAGGAAUAUCAACAGAUGAUAUAACAAAAAAUUCUAAUGUUCAUCAAGAGGAAUUAAAAUAUUUAUUUAAUGAAUUAAAUGAAUUAAGUAUAUUGGUAUGCCAUCUUAUAUCAACUCAUAAAGAAAAAUCAAUUGAUACAUUUAUUAAUCCUUAUAUAUAUAAUAUUACUCAAAUUCAUAUAAAUGUGUGGAAAUGUAUUAAUGUGCAAUCUCACGAAAUGCAGAGAGAACAGAAUUCUGUAUUAUCCCCAUUAUUAUUAAUUUUAUAUAACAUCUCUUUAAAUAUUCCUUCUGCUUUUCACAAUUUAAUAUCUUUUGAAAACAUCGCAUCAAAUCAUAAACAAUUUUGCGAAAUAUUCUCUAAUGAUGAUAUAGUAAAAAAUAAGAUAUCAGAUGCAAUAACAAGUAUUUUAGUUAUUUCAUUAAAUUAUAAUAAUACCAAUGAUUUCAAUAUUUGUUUAUAUUCUGCUCAAACGUUUUCCAAUAUGUUAAAUAAUGCUACGUUCGUGAACAAUCCAAACGAGAUUUUAAGUAAAUAUCCAAUAGUGCAAAUAAUUGAUACCUUAUGUAUAACAUUGAAAUCUCUUGAUUAUUCCGAUCCAAAAAAUAAAAGGAUAAUUCAAGAAGUUUUGAGUAUUUUUAGAUUAUUUUGUGGAUUUAAAGUAAAUUCAAAUUGUUUACCUGACAAAGUAAUAGAAAAUUCGCAAAUAUGUUUGCAGAAUUCCCUUUUAUCUGUUUUUAAAAAUAAUCCAAAUGAUAUUGCAGCUUUACUUCAA